AUGGAAGCUGUGGCAGAUCUAGACAAUCCACUAUACUCAGCCUGGCGCUUUACGUUGGCCAGAAUUCGUCCUAUGUUUGUGGACCCUUCCGAGACAGCGGCAAAGAUGGUCCCCUCUGAGUCCCCGCGUUACCACUGGGAAGUUGAUGGGCCAAGCCCGCCCUUCCCGUACAUCCCCGGCUUCGCUAUCACAAUUCGCCCCUCCACAUCGCCAAGCGCGGAGCGGGAUGCACAAGCGGAAGCAGACAAGAUUCUCAAAGCCAGAUACCCUCCAGGCUUUCACAAAAUCUCGGCGAUCAAAUAUUCUAUCGCACACCCGGCUUGCGAGCUAGAGAUAAAAUGGGCUGGUAACACCCGCCACCAUGCUGAUGAGCAUAUCUUGCAUGUGGAUUCAAUAAUUACACGGCCGGCCAGCGAUGUUUUCUGGAACGUGGUACGGUGCCACCUGGACGAUCACAGGGAGUCGAGAUGCAUAGCCAAGAUUUAUGACCCGGUAUAUUCCAGCGAUGUGAUGUUCGCUCAAAGUUUGGCAAAUGGGCAAUUCAACAACGAGGCAAAGGCGUACGUAAGACUCGAGGGUGCGGGUAUCUCGGGUAAAGUGACACCAGUGUUCUUAGGAGGCUGGAACAUGGACGUCCCUGUACCAUCCACAGACUUCGGAGGUGUUGACUAUGCAACUACCAGGCCGGUCGGGUUGCUUCUGUUUGAGGACGUCACAGCGGCAGACCUGGCGAGUACCUAUUGCAAACACUAUUUUACCAGCGGCUAUGUAGAGGCCCAGCCCCAGCUUCCUCGAGCCUGGAAGCUGGAGGUCUUGGCCAAAAUCUACGAAGCCGAUGCUCUUCUUCGCAAUGCAGGCGUGGACAGCGGAAUUCAUAUGGAUCAUGUCUGGGUGGGAACUUCCGAGCUAGUAGAGGGAAAGUCAGAUAUCAGAGUGUUUAUCACAAAUUUCGGAAGGGCCAAUAUCCAGGUCCUCGAAGAGCACAUAGGAGAGACACUUGCACGUCCGGAGUCCCCUAUUGAGACUUUCUGGGACGAGGUGACGUACAAUGCGUAUUGGCUGACGCUAGACAUCUGGACGGAGGACGAAAGUUUAGAAGACUACCGUCAGUGGCUAGUACAAAGAUGGGGUGAUUCGACUGAGUACCGGCCACUGCCUGAGAAACUGCGGAAGCGCGUCGCCAAUGGAAGUUGGGGAAAGAAUGAAGGGAGGUAG